AAACGUAAUAAAUACAAGUCCAAGAAUAGUUUCUUCAAUAUUGUAAGAAUUUAAUUUUUGUCACAGCAAAACUGAGAUGCCGUAGGAAUGAAGUGCUCGUGAUGAACCCGACACCAUGCGCCGACCGCGUCUGUCCUCGAAGUUUGAAGGCGCUGCGUCAGGCUUGCGUUAGUCCUAGCAACGUCAAACUUCCCCCAAAGUGCGUUUGCAGAUUCAACUACAGCCGUGACCGACGGGGGAGGUGCAUUCCCACACAUUCUUGCCCUCCCAUUGCAUGCGGGCAUAAUGAGAUAUUCGACGCGUGUCCGCCGCAAUGCCCCAGUGACGACUGCAGCCAAGCAACGCCAUCAGGCCGAUGCCCAAUAGUGGGCCGCAUCGGCAUCGUGACGCAGUGCAAGCCCCAGUGUCGUUGCGCUUACCACCACUGGCGUAAAAACAACGUUUGCGUUCCUUACGAACAAUGCAAUAGUUAGUAUUACCAGUA